AGAUCCGUAUACAUACAUAUAUGGUGGCCAAUGUAUUAAAAGAUUUUCCAUUAUUUUCAAUGUUCUAUGAGGACCCAGCUACUAACUUUCCGUACACAAUAUUUAUAAAUAUUUAAUAAGGCAAUUGGAGGCGACGAGAAAACGCUUUGUUAAGCACUAACAUAAACACGCAAAGACAAAGACAAAGACAACGCAAAGCAGAAGACAACCACCGAAAAAUAAAGCAAAAUCGACAAAUCAAAGCAAGCGGAAAUUUAAAAACAAACAAAAACAACAAGCGGUUUUCACAAAGGGAAAAGAAUCACACUUUCAGUGUUUUCGUUCGCUUUUUUUGUGAGAGUGUGUGCAAAGUCGAAGGUUUUGUAAGCGCGAGGUCGAAUUAUCACGACCGCAGCGACAAUGCGUCCGAACGUGUUGUGGCUGCUGACAGCUGUCGGCCUGCUAGCGCUGACCACUCAAGCGGCGCACGUGCGACAGGCGAGCAGCAGCAGCGGUAGCAUGGCCAGCAGCUAUGCAAAUGAUCCACGACCCGAUGCUGUGAACGAGGAAGAGAGCGAUACGUUGGGCACUGGUGGUGCUUACGAAUUUCGCCUGCCACAACCGCAGAUAAACAAACAACAGCAGCAACAGCGUCCGCAGCAGCAGCAGCAGCAGCAUAAAACAAAACGGCCCAACACCACCGCCACUUAUGUAACCACAACGAAAACGAGCAGCACUAGCAGUAGCAGUGCUGGCAGCACAGCCAAAUUGUCGACUAAGCGUCCGACAAGUGCCACCACCAACGCGAGUGGUAACAAAGCGACCAGUGCCACUUCCACCGUCACCACGGCAGCAACUCAGCCAAGUCAACAGCCCGGAUUUACAUACAAUGUUUCGGUAACACCCCAGCAGGCUGCCUACCAGCCAACUACUCCCGGUGUGACUAAUGACGAGCCGGCGUCGACCCAAAGCAGUGAGAAUGACGAUGAAUCGUCAAAGAAAAUUAUCGGCUCCAGUGUCGUCACAUCCGUUUCGGUCAUACUCAACGGCAACGAACCCGAGUUCACUGACGCCUUGGGCCACAAAGUGCCCAAACCGCAACCCUCACUGCAGGUGGCCAGUCCGAUUGAUCUACUCAAUCCCGAUCGCUACGAGUUCUACACGUUCGAUGAGAAUGGCGAACUGGUGAAACGUCUCAUGACCAUGGAGGAAAUACAGAGUAUUGUGGCAAAUGGCGAUGGCGAAAAUUCAUCCAUCGUGCAACAUAUGCCAGUAGGCGACCGUGAACCGGAAAAGAAUGUGCAGGAUAUUGUCGAUAGUGUGCAGAAUGUGUUGAAUAAGGAGGUGGAAUCGAAUAAGAACAUUUCAAAGGAUGCGUUACCGCCGUUGGAUACGCCGGAUGUGACCUCAUCUUGGUCAAUGAUUUUGCCAGCGAUUUUCGGUAAUGGCGGCAGUGAUAUUUUCCCACAGCAAAAGCCACAACAAAUUGUCAUGACACCGGACUCCGAGUUGCUGGAGGCCUCAACAACUGCCGCACCGGUUACGCAUGCCACCAAACGACCGAAACCGAACAAGCGCAAGCCGGGACAGAAACGUAAGCCAACUACACCGAAGCCCACUACAACAUCCACCGCUGUGACACCGCAGGUGGUGCAAGAAGAACUUGGUCCAAAUGAGUCUGUCUACACCGGCAUGCAACAGUACCAAAAUGUCGCUGCGAAUAUGCAGCAAUUUGAUGGCUUCUCACAGCUGCAGAUGCAACCGAUCUACCACAAACUGCCCGAAUACACAGACGUGGAUACGACAACGCGCCGCGUCUUCCUAAAUAACCAAGAAAUCAUACAAAGUGCAACGACAGCCCAUCCAACAGUGGCAACAGACAAGGAAGAAUUGCAUGAGGGUUAUGGCAAGCGACCGCCAGUUGUUGUGCAUAAGCGUCCAGCGGCGCCUCAUCGUAACAAGACUCCGAACGGUGAGCAGAAUGAUAGUACGACUAAAAAGCCGCAAGGUGGUCAUAACAAACAGAAGAUAAAGAAGAAGCCAACCACUACGACAACACCGGAACCAACCACCACCUCAACAACCACACCAGAGCCAACAACGACAACUACUACGACGACAACAACAACAACAACCACCACUACAGAGGCACCAACAACUACUACCCCAGAGCCGAUUACUAGCACAACCACGCCGAGACCAAGUUCUACAACACCCAAAAAGAAGAAGAAGAAACCCACACGUCAACCCGGUCAAGGCAAUGGCAAACCACAUCAAGCUGCAGAUAAGCGCAAACCGGCGACUGGUAAGCCACGUCCCACUGUAGGUAAUAAGCAUCCAACAGUCGCAGAUGUGCCCGCGCCGGCACCAGCAACCGUUGAGCCCACAAUCAGUAAGCAUAAUACCACUGUGAGCCACAAGCCAAACAAAACUCGGCCACGUCCGCACAAGAAGCCAAUAACUACUACUACUACCACACCGGAACCAACUACAACAACGCCAGAACCUACAACAACAACCACUACUACGACAACAACCACUACUACAACGACAACCACUACACCAGCACCCACCACAACCACAACAACACCAGAACCUACAACAACAACAACUGAAAAUACGUUAAUCGUGGAGCACUUCCCAGGUUAUCAUCCAAUACAUGUCAAGCCUUCACAUGCCAACAAGCGGCCUGGUGUUUCGAGCUACCCGCUACCACACUACAAACCCGUACACCCUGGACAUCAUGAUGCUGUUGAAGCUGACAAAACUGAUGAACAAUCAGACUAUGGACAAACCAAACGUAAACCGCUGCCAUCACUUGCACAAAUCCAACAACAACACCAUAAGCCGUCGUUGGAUGAUCAGCAUACCAUGACGGCCUUCGAUCAAAUAAUGGAAUCGCUCAAACAAGAACUAGCAAACGAGAAUACUGAGGCCGAUAUCAACGAGUCUAGUGCUUCUGAGAAACGGCCUGUCGUAGAUGAACCAUCAUCAGUGGAUACGCACAAGGAGCCUGUGAAUAUUGAGUCAACAUCCUUCGAUAGUUCUGCAGCCAUCAAUACUGGUAGCAUUGAAGGCGGAGCGCUUAAAGAAGAAAAUGUCAAUGCAGUGGACACAGUAAGCGUGGAACAAGAAGAAAUGACUAUAGUGGAGGAUAUCACGGAAGAAACACCAUUAAUUACAACAAUACGUCCACCAACCUUAGCUGCGACAUCCGAGGAGACGAUAAAGAAGACAACUGCUGCACCUAUAAUAGAGAAUACAACUGAGAAGUUCACCGAACAAGAGUUAACAGACACCACAAAUCUUUCGGAAUAUUCUGCUGAAGAAAAAGAGAAGGACGAAAAUGAAGCAGCAGGAACGCUGAUACUUGAAGACAAGCUUACAGAUAAGGACGAAGAAGAUUCGGCUCAUGUUGUUAAGUUUGAACCGCUUUACGCUGAUGUACAAGAACCCAUUGUAAACAACGUUCAAACAACAACUGCACCCCACUACGAGACCACACUCAGCACAGUUGAUGACAACAAUGAUGACACAACUGUAGUAGAAGUCAUCGACGAAGUAAAUGUCGAUAGCAGUACCGAGUAUCAAAUACCCAUGCUGCCAGUGACACACAAAGUUGAUACCCUGAUUGCAGAAAACCCCUUAACCACGGAACCACCACCACAGGUAGCCGAUCUUAAACCAUUCUUAAAUAUGGAUAUGUUAAAACCAACUGAUCAAAUAAAAAUGUCUGAAUUCCAAACGCAGGCGGCUACCGUAGCUUCAACGCUGGUCGAUGGCACGAAUACAAUUGCUGCUGAUCAACUCAUGAGCUCCAAUGAGACGCGCAGCGAAAUUGACUUCCUCUUAUCUGAUGUGUUACAACAAAUGGCCGAAGUGGAACCGGAUCCAUACCGCCCCGAUCCAAUGGAAGAUGGUAAUCGUUUAACGAACUUUGCACAACUGAACACAUCUUUCUUACUGAAACCAGAUCCAGCAGCAUUAGAUGACAAUGUGCCAGCAUACGGCAAUAUGCCCGCAACGAUCAGCACAACGCAAGCGCCACCUGCCAAAGAAUCGGUUGACACACACUCUGCGGAACCUUUGUUAGUGCCAACGCCAGCUCCAGUUAAAGAACUCGAAAACGAAUUGACCACAGAAGUUGAACCUGCUCCGGUGGCCUCAACAUAUGCCUCUAAGGAAGAUGACAGCUUGAAUGAAGGGAAACCCGCUAUACCGGCAGAUAGUAAAGAGAAAAUAGAAAAGGGGCACGAAAAGGAACACAAAGCCGAGCUAUCGCUGGAGAAUAUGGAAGGAAACGAGGCCGGUAUGGAUUACGUUACUACAGAAAGAUACGUGGUUGUAGAUGAAACGGAAAUAGAAACUAAUAGUUACGAAAAGGAGGCGACAGAAGAGAGCGCAAUACAUGAACUAGUUAAUGCUGACACAACAGAGCAAAAACAAACAGAUCAGGUUGAGAGUAUGGAAAAAACCGAAGAAACUAAGAUUGAGGGAGUUCGACCAGACGAAAACCCCACUAUGAAACCUCAAGUACCAUCUCUUUCUGAAAUUUAUGCCACACAACAACAACAAGAGAAUACUGAGGAUAUGUAUGAAACAGAGCAAGAUAAGGAACCCAUUCAGCAGUCUGCAGAAGCUGGAAACUCUGCAGAGCCGCUUCACGAGGCUGAGACAAUUGUUUUGGCGGAACAAUUAAGUGCCGAAGGCCCCAAUGAAGAAAAGAAGGAAGAAAUGACAAGUGCUGAGGUUAUUAUAACAGAAAUAGAGGAUACUAAUCAUACGGAUAUGUAUAAACCCAGCGAAGUUAAUGAAGAUUCUCAUGAAUUGGCACAAACAGAUCCGGAACAAAUGGAGCUAAUAACAACAACAGAGAAAUAUGAGGUCCCAACUGAACAGAUUUCAAUGGAUGAAAUAGUACAGUCGGCUUCUACAGAAGAGGAGAAAUUAUCUGAAGAACAAGGCACUCCGCAGAAAGUUGAAGAAUCGUCCAGUAAAAUGGAAGAGGAACAUCAAUCAAACACUCAGGAUGUGCAGACACCAGAGGUGACAGACGAAGCUAUCGAAACGCAAACUCAAGUCGUUGAACAAGUGGAACUACCAAAUGAGGACCACAAAGAGGAUACUAGUGAAGCAUAUGUAAGUAGCACAUUAGAAACUACGGACACACCCAAUGCUACCGACAUGAGUGAAAGCGACAACAGCGGGAAAGAUAGUGCUGAAAAGGAGGUGAACGAAAACAACUCCGACGAGAGAGUUACUGAGAACUUAGAAGUCUCUGAAGAAAAAGAGACUAACGAAAAAGAAUCGCUGGAAAAAGAAGCUAGUAAUGAUGUUACCACAAUCACACCAAUUCUCAUCAAUACCGACACUACAGCUGAGGAAACAAAAGAUGCUACAGCUGAAAAAGUCUCUACGGAGGCACUUGUAAGCUCAACAGAAAGGGAAACUGAUAGUACCGAAGAAGAUAGUGUGACUAGCGCCGCCAACUUGCAAAUACAAUACACAAAUGCUCCAACAACAAUAAAACAUGAAACAGAUGAAUUAGAAGAACAAGUCAAUAGCAAAGAAACAGUCGGAAGCGAGGCAACAACGGUGGCACCAGCGGAAGAAAGCGCUACAACAGUCAGAACCGAAGAUGAAGAAGAAAAUACUGGUAAUGAACCCGAAGUAGCCACGGAUGUUACGGUUUUAAUUUCCGAUGAAAUAGAUAGCACCGAAUCGGAUGAAGACCCGUAUAUUAAACUUGGCGAAUCUACUAUCAAAUACAGUGAAGAAACAAAUAAUGUCAAUACAUCUGGCGAUAGCAUUAUUCUCGAGCAAGACACCACAAGCGAUGAGAGUACUGAUAUUGAGCUUACCUCACCAACGCUACCACAGCCAAUACAACAAGAUGUGGUAGAAACGACUAAGCCUGAAGAUGAGGACUCGACCGAAGACUCGGAAGAGGUAUCACAGUCUGGAUCAACUGAAGCAGAAUCUGCAGAAACUACAGAUGGAGAUAUGGCUUUGGACAAUAAGUCAACUGUUUCGGAACUUAUCGUCUCUACUGAACAAAUUACACUUCAAACCACAGCUAAACCUAUCCAUACAUUUGUAGCACAACAACGGCCUCAAAUGCCACAGCUCAACUAUGACCGUCCCGAUCCACAAAACACCGCUGACACUGGUGACCUUACAGCUUACAUUAUACCAAAAUUCCCCACCAGCCCUGCACUUGCUGCUACCUCAACAACAACGGAGAAAGCAUCGCCUUCCACAACAGCCAGUAGCACGACUACAACAACUUCCACCACUACAACGACAACAACGCCAAAACCAGCAUCCACUACAACUAAACGGGUACAUACACUCAAACCCGUGUCUUACUACAACAAGCAGACCGGCAUAAACGCGCCCAAGCCUGCCGAACCUACGAAAGUCAUACCCUACUCGGCCAAUACCGCUCAACAGCGACCAAUGCAACGUCCAGCACAACUGAACAAUUUAAUGGCUACUUCUACACAAGCUACCCGGCCACCUGUAAAGAUGGAGCCGAGCCCAUCGAACUCUAAAGGGCUCGAAGCAUCCACAGCUAAUUUAGAUGAAGAUCUGCAAUCUUUCGUUAAACUCUGCAACGAAUUGGCAUUUAGCUAUUGGAAAUCUAUUACUUCGGAGAAAAUCAGCUCGGCGCGCAGUUUGGUGAUGUCGCCAUUUGCUUUAACAUCGAUGCUCUCAAUGGUUUUCCUCGGUGCACGUGGCAGCACAUCAGGCGAAAUGAACGAAGUGCUGAAGUUGGAUGACAUGGUCACCUUCAAUCCACAUUUAGUCUUCCGAAAUAUCACCGACUCUGUUGAACGCGCCACCGAUAGUGACAUUGCAACAACCGCCUUCGUACGUGAGAUCUUCAGCGAUCGUUCAAAUGGAAAGAUAUUACAAUUCUUCAAGGAAAAGACACAACAAUUCUACUCGGGACAUGUGGAGGAAGUGAACUUCCAUGUCGUGAACGAUGUGAUACGUCGUCGUACGAAUCUGUUAGUGAAACGUCACACCAUGGGCAAAGUACUGGAGUAUUUGCGCACAAACAGUCUCUGGGUGAAUGGACCACUGGCCACAAUUUCUGCCAAUCUUUUCCAAACCGACUGCAAACAUGGCUCAACACAGUUGACUGACGGCGAAAUGUUCUUCCAAGUACACCCCUCGGUACGUCAACGUCGUUUGAUACCCAUACCGGCCGUGUUGUACAAGAGCGGCUUCACCGCUGGCUAUGAACCCAAAUUGGACGCAACAAUUGUGGCAUUCGGCAGCAUACAGGACACCGUGAGCACAGUUUACGUAAUGCCCGGUCAUCAGAGCGCGCUUUCGCCAGCCGAAAGUUUGGAACGACUUGAACGUGAGCUUGUUGAGCAGGCUUUCAGCAAGAAUGCUUGGAGUAGUGUACUCACCUCGCUGAUGGACCGCCCCGGCAUGGAAGUACAGCUACCGCGUUUCUCACAUAGAUCCUUCGUAAAUGCCUCCUUAGGUUUGCAGAAGAUGGGACUGAAGGGCUUGUUCAAGUCCGAUUUUGCAGAUCUGCGUGGCCUCACCGGUUCUGCCAAUCGCGACAUCUACCUAUCCGACGUCAUACAAAUCAACACUUUCAGCACUUGUGGUGAGGAGAAGAUUGGCGAUCACCAUCAUGUGGAAAUGUAUCCAGCGCCACCAUUACGUAAACGAAACAAGGAUUUGGGCGCAAAUGAUGAUGGUGCCUAUGAUUCGUCUGAAGCGGUUAUCGACUUCGGUUCGCUAGUGCAUGAGUCAGCGCUGGGACGUGGCUUCUAUGACGAUCUACUAGACCCGAAAUAUCUUGAACUGCCACUUUCACUGCGUCCACGACAGGCACGCGUACCGGACGCGCCACGUCUACGCUUCGACAAACCAUUCCUCUAUUUCGUUCGUCACAAUCCCACUGGCAUCAUACUCUUCAUGGGUCGCUUCAAUCCUCGACUGCUGCCGUGAAGCGUACGCAAUGCUAACGGCAGAUCGUCGCGCUUUAUGCGCAUGCGCAAUUUUUUUUUUUUUUGACUCAGAAGACUAAGAAUUAUGUUAGACGAAAAUAUAGUAAACAGCAAAUGUUAGGCAAUUCAUUUAACAAUAUUUGAGUGCACAUACACUCACACAUACUUCCAUAUGUUUGGUGUGAAAACCUUUAACUCUACGUGCUUGUGUCCGAACUAGCGUUUUUGUUAACGAGCAUUUUCGUAGGUCGAGCGCAAAUUAGAGAAAUUUUAUUUAAAUUUUUUAUUUUAUUAUUUUAUUUAUUAUUCGUUUUUGUUUUUGAGAGCUUAGCAUUUACAAUAAAAUAAAUUAUUUUAAUCGUGUGACGCUGAGGAGAGCAAAACUGUUGUGUUUGUUGUGCCUUAAUCUCGUAUCACACGCACAACCCGAAUUGGAUUCGAGAUUGAUGCGCGACAUGCAAUUCGUUGCCGAAACUUAUUUGUACGCUAGAUUUAUAAGUUGUACUUUAACUUUUUUCUAUGCAAAUUAUUGUUAAUUUAAUUUUUAUUUUAAUGUUUUACUAUUAUCGAUAAUACGAAGCACACUCACUAAGCUAUUAUCACUUAAGUUAUUGUCAUGGAAACGCGGAAGCAAAUACGAAAGCAUAGGUAUACAACUAUGCAUAAAAAUAUUUUAAUAUUUAUGGAGUUUUGGAGGUGAAGAAUUAUGGUUUCUGUUUUGCUUAUAAACUUAGUAAAAGGUAUAGCAGUUAUAGUCUAUAAAUACAGAUAUGCCUUUAAGACGCAUUUACGAAAGUGUUUAUCCAUAAGUAAUCAUGUAUUUAUACAAGUAAAUAACUGUAUGUCAUAACAAGGAGUUUCAAAUAAAACACA